GCGCCACUUCACCAAUCCCACCAAACUGUAUUCCCAUUCGUUGCGCUUGGUCGAGAAGCCGCCUUCUCGUUUUCUCUCUUCUCUGGAGAUUAGGUUUUCUUCGAUCGAGAUCGUUCCAUGGCGGAGAAGCACUUCAAGUACGUGAUCCUCGGCGGCGGUGUCGCAGCUGGAUAUGCUGCGAGGGAGUUUGCGAAACUUGGAGUGAAUCCGGGAGAGCUUGCUGUUAUUUCCAAGGAAGCGGUUGCCCCAUAUGAGCGUCCAGCGCUAAGCAAGGGUUACCUUUUUCCACAGGGGGCUGCAAGACUCCCAGGGUUUCAUGUGUGUGUUGGCAGUGGUGGUGAGAGGCUGCCUCCUGAAUGGUAUACCCAACAAGGCAUAGAGCUUGUACUCAGUACUGAAAUUGUUAAAGCUGAUAUUGCAUCAAAAAGCCUCACAAGCGCAUCUGGUGACAUCUUCACUUAUGAUGUUUUGAUUGUUGCUACUGGUUCCACGGUUAUAAAGCUAUCUGACUUUGGUGUUGAAGGAGCUAAUGCCAAUAACAUUUUUUAUCUGAGGGAGAUUGAUGAUGCUGAUAAACUUGUAGCGGCUAUUCAGGCAAAGAAGAAUGGGAAGGCAGUGAUUGUAGGAGGAGGAUAUAUUGGUCUUGAGCUUAGUGCGGUUUUGAAAUUGAACGAUUAUGAUAUCACUAUGGUGUACCCUGAGCCUUGGUGCAUGCCACGGCUGUUUACCUCUGGAAUUGCUGCCUUCUAUGAGGGAUUUUAUGCAAACAAGGGUAUCAAAAUAGUUAAGGGGACUGUGGCUGUUGGAUUUGAUUCUGAUUCAAAGGGGGAUGUGACAGCAGUAAAAUUGAAGGAUGGCAGAAUCCUAGAUGCUGACAUUGUUGUGGUUGGUGUUGGUGGAAGACCUUUGACAACCCUCGUUAAAGGCCAACUUGUGGAGGAGAAAGGUGGAAUUAAGACUGACGCUUUCUUCGAGACAAGCGUUCCUGGAGUUUAUGCAGUGGGAGAUGUGGCCACCUUCCCUCUGAAGUUGUAUAAUGAGUUGAGGAGGGUAGAGCAUGUUGACCAUGCCAGGAAAUCUGCUGAGCAAGCUGUUAAGGCAAUCAAGGCAAAGGAAGGAGGCCAAACAAUCGAGGAAUAUGACUAUCUUCCAUUCUUCUAUUCACGCGCCUUCGAUUUAUCAUGGCAGUUCUACGGGGAUAAUGUUGGUGAUACUGUUCUUUUUGGUGACAAUAAUCCAGAAUCUCCGAAACCCAAGUUUGGCUCUUACUGGGUCAAGGAUGGGAAGGUGGUUGGAGCAUUCCUGGAAUCUGGUACGCCGGAAGAGAACAAGGCCAUAGGCAAGGUGGCACGGGACCAACCACCAGUGGAAGACCUUGAACAACUAAAGAAUGAAGGGCUUGCGUUUGCAUCUAAGAUCUAAUUUACUGCUUGAAAUCUUUAGUGAGAAGAAAUAUCGGUUAAGUUUAUGCCUCUGCCCUGCUUUGCUUUGCGUAGAUCCUAUUUGUGAUUCUGAUUGUUUCUUUUUAUCUGAAAAAUUUGUGUAUGUUGAAAUUGGUCAUAGCAAGUACAUGAACUUUUGCCAGACCGGACUAAUAUUUAACAAUUUUUUGUUUAUAGAACUUCAUUGUGAUAAAUAAAUGAUUUUGUUUUCCA